AUGGCUAAAUCUGAAAUUAAGAAAUCCAAGAAGUCUUCUUCCAAGAAGCAAGAAGAAAAAGCAACUAAAGCAGUUCAAAAGAAGGAAGAAACCUCUUCUUCUGAAUCCUCCUCUUCAUCCUCUGAUGAAUCUUCCUCUAGUUCCGACUCUGAGUCUGAAUCCUCUUCCAAUGAAGAAGAAGAAAAGAAGGAAGAAUCUUCUGAUUCUGAUUCUGAUUCUGAUUCUGAUUCUGAUUCUGAUUCUGGUUCUGGUUCCUCUUCGGAAAAAGAAGAUGAUGAUGAUGAAGAAAAGAAGAAGGAUGAAUCCUCUUCUGACUCUGAUUCUGACUCCUCUUCCUCUGACGAAGAGGAGAAGGAAGGCGAAUCUUCAAAGAAGAGAAAGGCAGAAUCUUCAGAAGAAGAAUCCACCACUGCAUCUCCUGAACCAGAAUCUAAGAAAGCUAAGAGUGAGGAACCAGCAGGUGAACCAGCUACUUUAUUUGUUGGUAGACUUUCGUGGAACAUCGAUGACGCUUGGUUGAAGAGAGAAUUCGAGGCAUACCCAGGUGUUAUUAGCGCAAGAGUUAUUACCGACAGAAGUUCGGGUAGAUCCAAGGGUUUUGGUUACGUUGAUUUCGAAUCCAAGAGCGUUGCUGAAAAGGCAUUAGAAGAAAUGCAAGGUAAAGAAAUUGACGGUAGACCAAUCAAUGUUGAUUUGUCCAACGCAAAGCCAAAGCAGCAAUCUGGCGCAGAAAGAACCAAUGAAAGAGCAAAACAAUAUGGUGAUUCGAAGUCUGAACCAUCGGAUACUUUAUUCAUUGGUAACUUAUCUUUUGACUCCACUAGAGAUUCUGUUACCGAAUUUUUCGCUGAAUAUGGUCCAAUUAUGGGUGUCAGAUUACCAACCCACCCAGAAACUGAACAAUUGAAAGGUUUUGGUUACGUCCAAUUUGAAUCCGUUGAUGCUGCACAAAAGGCAUUAGAUGCAUUAAAUGGUGAAUACUUAAACAACAGAGCUGUCAGAUUAGACUUCUCUACUCCAAAGCCUCAAAAUGAAAGAGGUGGUUUCGGUGGUAACAGAGGUGGUAACAGAGGUAGAGGUGGUUUUGGUGGUAACAGAGGUGGUCGUGAUAGAGGUGGAUUCAGCAGACCAACUGGUUCCAACAAUACCCCAGUUGCGUUCAGAGGUAACAAGAAGACUUUUGAUUAA